GCGGAGCAGACGCUAUUUAAUGGUCCUUCCCCACAGCUUACAGCCAGACGCCGCCGGCACUUAGCCAAAUCCCCCUAUCCUUGCUGGAGACUCAGAACACUCAGAAAGCAACCUUCUGAUGCGCCGCUGCGGUGGCAUGGGAGCCUUGGGUUCGCUCUGGGUUUUCUUCACUCUCAUCGCGCCAGGAGUUCUUGGUCAGUGUAAGUCGCUGCCAAGAUAUACUUUUGCUAAACCUAAUAUUGAGAGUGAUAAGACUGAGUUUGCUGUUGACACAACUUGGAAAUACAAAUGCCUCCCUGGGUAUAGUGGGAAGCCAUUCUUAAUCACCUGCUUAAAGAACUCCAAGUGGUCAGAUGCUCAGCAGUUCUGUAAUCGUAGAUCUUGUACAACUCCUGGAGACCUCCUCCAUGGCUCUGUGAAUAUAAGUAUGGGUAUCAAGUUUGGGUCAACAAUUACAUAUUCUUGUAAUACAGGAUAUCGACUCAUUGGUGACUCAUCUGCUACAUGUAUUCUCUCAGACAAUAAUCUAAUUUGGGAUAAUGACAGGCCUACUUGUGAAUCUAUUCCUUGUGAGUCACCUCCAGCCAUUGCCAAUGGGGACGUUUACAGAAGCAGUAGAGACACCUUUUUCUAUGGAAUGGUAGUAAAGUAUCAUUGCCAUGUUGGAAAAAAUGGGGAAAAACUGUUUGACCUGGUGGGUAAGGAGUCAAUACAUUGCACCAGCAAAGACAAUCAAGUUGGCAUCUGGAACAGUCCACCCCCUCAGUGUAUUCCUAUAGUCAAGUGCCCAGUGCCACAAAUUGAAAAUGGAGAAGUGGAGUCUGGAUUUAAACGUUCCUUCUUCUUAAAUGACACAGUAAUGUUUAAGUGCAAGCCUGGCUUUACUAUGAAAGGCAGCAGUAUAGUGUGGUGCCAGCCAAACAGAAAAUGGAGCCCUCCACUGCCAACAUGCUUCAGGGGAUGUCUACCACCUGAAAACAUCCAUCAUGGUGAUUAUAACGAAAAAGAUAAGGAAUUCUUUUCUGUAGGCCAGGAAGUGACAUAUACCUGUGAUCCUGGCUAUAAUCUCAUUGGAACUAACUUGGUCCAGUGUACAUCCUUUGGAACCUGGAGCCAUGCAGCCCCAACAUGUGAAGUGAAAUCAUGUGAUGCCAUUCCAAACCAACUUCUCAAUGGCCGUGUGUUUCUUCCUUCUAAUCUCCAACUUGGGGCAGAGGUUUCCUUUGUUUGUAAUAAAGGGUUCCAGUUAAAUGGCAAAUCUUCUAGUCAGUGUGUCCCAGAAGGAGAGACAGUAAUCUGGAACAAUAAGUUUCCUGUUUGUGAACAGAUUUCUUGUGACCCUCCUCCUGAAGUCAAAAAUGCUCGGACACUCCAUUAUUCUCUUCCCAUACCCAUUGACACUGUUGUGCAGUACAGUUGUUUACGUAACUACCGCCUCAUUGGAGAAAAGACGAUUUUUUGUAAAAGCAAAGAUCAAGUGAAGGCCGCUUGGGAUAAACCUCCUCCUGUAUGUGAAAAAUUGAAUAAAGAUUCUGAAUGUUCAGAGCCCAGCAUACUAGGAGGAUUCAAAAGUAAACAAUCUGGAUCACUACCAUUCAAACAUGGUAAUUCUGUGACAUUUACCUGUAAAGCCAACUUCACCAUGAAAGGAAACAAAACAGUCUGGUGCCAAGCAAAUAAUGAGUGGGGACCAACACCACUGCCAGUCUGUGAGAGCAAUUUCCGUCAAGAGUGCCCAUCACUUCCCAAGAUCGAUCAUGGACACCGUACAGAACAGCAUGUUGCCAAGUUUAUUCCAGGGUUGUCUGUGACAUACAGUUGUGAUUCUGGUUAUUUGCUUGAUGGAAAAAAGACAAUUAAGUGCUUAUCUUCGGGAGACUGGGAUGGUGUCAUCCCCACAUGCAAAGAGGCCAAAUGUGAACCUCCAGGACAGUUUCCCAAUGGACAGAUAAAAGAACCUAUAGGUCUUCAGGUUGGCAAAACUGUGCACUUCUCCUGUAAUGAAGGAUACCAAUUACAAGGACAACCUUCUAGUCAGUGUGUAAUUGUUGAACAGAAAGCCAUUUGGACCAAGAAGCCAAUAUGUAAAGAAAUUCUCUGCCCCCCACCUCCACCUGUUCUUAAUGGAAGACAUACAGGCAGCUUUUCAGCAAAUGUAUCAUAUGGAAGCACAGUUACCUACACCUGUGACCCAAGCCCAGAGAAAGGAGUGAACUUCAUUCUUAUUGGGGAGAAGACUAUCUAUUGUACCAGCGACAGUAAGAAGAGUGGGAUCUGGAGUGGCCCUGCUCCACGUUGUGAACUUUCGACUUCUGCAGUUCAAUGUCUAAAACCACAAAUAGAUAGAGGUCAAAUGUUAUCUAUUUUGAAAGAUAAAUAUUCCUAUAAUGACACUGUGAUAUUGUCUUGUGAAUCUGGCUUCAACUUGAAGGGCAGCAAGAGAAUUCGAUGCAAUGCCCAAGGCACAUGGGAGCCAUCAGUACCAGUAUGUGAAAAAGAAUGUCCAGCUCCUCCUAAAAUCAUCAAUGGGCAAAAAGAAGAUAGGCACUUCCUCACCUUUGAUCCUGGAACAUCCAUAAGAUAUAGCUGUGACCCUGGCUAUUUACUGGUGGGAGAGGAUACUAUACACUGUACUCCUGAGGGAAAGUGGAGACCCAUUGUCCCCCAGUGCAAAGUUGCAGAAUGUAAACCAGAAGGACCACAUCUCUUUAAGAGGCCUCAGAAUCAGUUUAUUAGGACAGCUGUUAAUUCUUCUUGUGAGGAGGGGUCCCAGUUAAGUGAGAGUGCUUAUCAGCUGUGCCAAGGUACAAUUCCUUGGUUUUUAGAGAUUCGUCUUUGUAAAGAAAUUACCUGUCCACCACCUCCUAUUAUCUACAAUGGGACACAUACAGGGAGUUUCUCGGAAGAUGUCCCAUAUGGAACUGUGGUCACCUACACGUGUUAUCCCGGGCCAGAGGAAGGAGUGCAAUUCAACCUCAUUGGGGAACGCAGCAUCCACUGUACAGGUGGAAGCGGAGGGAGAGGCUCCUGGAGUGGCCCUGCUCCUCUCUGUAAACUUUCCCUCCCUGCUGUGCAGUGCUCAGAUGUCCGUGUGGCAAAUGGAUAUAAGCUGCCUGGCAAAGGAGCCCCAUAUUUCUACAAUGAUAGUGUGACUUUCAAGUGUAACAAUGGAUACAUUUUGAAUGGAAGUAGUCAGAUUCGUUGUAAAGCCAAUAAUACCUGGGAUCCUGAAAUACCACUUUGCAAAAAAGAAGGAUGUGAGCCUAUGCGAGAACUUCAUGACCUUCCAGAUGAUUCACACAUAAAACUAGUGAAUAGAGCCUGUCAACAUGGGUACCAAUUGACUGGACAUACUUAUGAAAAGUGUCAAAAUGCUGAGAAUGGGACUUGGUUCCAAAAGAUUGCAGUUUGUAAAGUUAUUCUCUGUCAACCUCCACCAAAAAUUGCAAAUGGAAAACAUACAGGAAUGAUGAUAGAGCACUUCCUAUAUGGAAAUGAAGUCUUUUAUGAAUGUGAUCAAGGGUUUGAUCUUCAGGGAGAGAAAAGUUUGCAAUGUAGAAAUGAUCCUAAAGGACAUGGAUCUUGGAGUGGACCUCCACCAAAGUGCUUAAAAUCUUCUCCUCCAACUCACUGCCCUGAUCCAGAAGUCAAACAUGGAUACAAACUCAAUAAAACUCAUUCUGCAUAUUCCCAUAAUGACAUACUACAUGUUGCCUGCAAUCAUGGCUUCAUUAUGAAUGGCAGUCACUUGAUAAGGUGUCAUACCAAUAACACGUGGCUACCAAGUAUACCAACUUGUAUCAGAGUAGCUUUCUUAGGUUGUCCUUCUCCAUCCACAAUUGCCAAUGGAAAUCAUACUGGUGAGAAUACAGCUCGAUUUUCUCCUGGAAUGUCAGUCAUGUACAGCUGUCACCAUGGUUACCUUCUGGCUGGAGAGGCAUUGCUUGUCUGUACUCAUGAGGGUACCUGGAGCCAACCUGUCCCUUAUUGCAAAGAGGUAAACUGUAGCUUUCCUGAGGCUACAAAUGGAAUCCAGAAGGGACUCCAGCUUGGGAAAAUGUAUCGGUAUGGAGCUACUGUGACUUUGGAAUGUGAAGAUGGUUAUACCUUGGAGGGAAGUCCUCAGAGCCAAUGCCAGGAUGAUCACCAGUGGGAUCCUCCCCUGGCUAUCUGCAAAUAUCGGUCAACUAUGCCUCUUAUUUGUGGUGUUUCUGCAGGCUCAGUAGUCAUUAUUUUGGUUGGUGUCAUCUUCUGUAUGAUGUUAAGACAUAAAGAACGCAAUUAUUCUACAAAGACAAGACCUAAAGAAGGAACUUUUCAUUUAGAAACACGAGAAGUAUAUUCUGUUGAUCCAUACAACUCAGCAAGCUGAUAACAUGACAAGCUGGUAUAUAAUGAAACUGAAAUAUAUAUAUAUACAUAUAUAUAUAUGUUCAAGAUUUGCUUUAAUAUUUUCUCAAGUCUUUCUUAAACAUGGUCUUAAGUAAAUAUUGUUUGUAUCAGUCUUUAAUAGUCAUGUACAAUAUUAUUUACUUACCUACUUUAUAUUGCUAACUGAAGGUCUUAGUUUUUAAAAUGUCUAUUAUUUAGUAAAUAUGUAACAAAUGUGAUUAAUAAAAUUAUUAAGAAUAAUUUAAAAUGCUUAAGAAUGAAAUAAAGUCAAGUAUGGUAGUGCAUGCUUAUGAUUCUAGCACUUGGGAAACAGAAGAAAGAUCAGGAAUUUAUGCCUGGUCUCAGUCACAUUGCGAAUUUGAGGGUAGGGUGGCUGGAUGAGGACCUGUCUCAAAGGGCGGGGGAUAAGAAUAAAGUAAGUAUCAUUAAAGAGAAUUAAACAGGGAAAGAAGAUAGAUAAAUGAAAGUGAUUACAUAGAAAGUAUUCACUAAGAAAAUGGCAUUUAUUCAAAGACUGGAGAAAGUAGUGAGUCAACCAAGUAAGUACAUAGAAGAAGAGGAUGCAAAGAAUAUACAAACAGGAGCAAGUUCAAAGACUAAGAAGUCUUGCUGUGUUUGCAUACAAAGUGGCUUGUGUGACCUAAAGUGAAUUGAUCAAAUAGGAAAUACAUACUCAGAGAGGUACUGUUGAAGGAGCUGGAUGAUUAGAUAGGGUGGGCUAGGUCAUUGUAAUAAGAUUUUAUUUUGAGAUGUGAAGCAUACUAAGCAGAAGAACUACAUAGUCAUCUUAAUUACUGGGUAAAUAAGACGCUAUAGAAAGUUAAGGGUAGAAGAAGGGAAUCAACAAAGAGGCUGAUACAAUUCAGGCAAGGAACAACAAUCUGGCAAGAAGAGGCCAUACACUGCAUGCGUUUUAAAGAUAAUUAGGAAGGGAGCUUAAACGAUGUUUUGUGUCUGGAUUUAAAGGAUGAAGAAAGGUAUUGAUCAUGAUGCCAGGAAUUUGGGACCUAAGUCAUUGGAGUGAUAAAGUUGUUAUUAAGAUGAUUCAGAAUGUGAUGAACAGACUACUUUGGGGGCGUUAAAUGUGAGAUAUCUAAUAAAUAAUCAAAUAAAAGUAUCAAGGAGGCAGUUGAAAAAUUCACAUCUCAACCAUCACAGAUAAUACUGAACAUACAAAUGCAUACAUAAAUAAAGAGACUGAAUCAGAUCAUCAUGGAGUUUAAAGAGUCUACAGACAAGAAAAAGUCCAAGAACCGAACCUUAUGACUUCUAAUGUGAGGAGCUGUAAAAUAAGGAAAAAAAGGCUGCAAAAGAGAGACCCACCCACAAGUGUGGUGUGCAGAGGUACAGAGAGCUUGGGGAAGAAGGAAAUUGCUAUUGACAGCUUAAAAAUGACAAGCAAUGAAAAUUGACCAUUGGAUUUAGGAGCACAAAAUUUGUUGGUGAACCUGACAAAAAUAGUUUUAGUAGAAAUAAAGGAGAAAGAAGUUGGAUUAAUCUUAAGAGAAAGAACAGAAAUUGAAGUACAAACUAUAGGUAGAUGUGCUAUAUCUAGGAGUGCUUCUGUAAUGGAUCAGAUAAUCAUAGAAAAAUAGCUAUUUAAAAAAGACUUUUGAAUGAUUAAUAUAUGCAUCUAUCCCACAGUUCCUAUAAGAUGAUCAAGAUGACCUAAUAGAAAAAAAAAUGAAAGCAAGGGAGAAAGAAAAGGGUUUCUAAGCUUGAAUUUUAGUGGAGUAGUUUCUCGGAAAUAAAGGCUUACUAAUAAAAUAAAAUGAAAACUAUAACAAACAGAAACAAAGAAGAUGCUCCCAUAUGAUGUGAUGGCAAAUGCACAUCCACUCCCCUUUAACGUGAUAGUGUGCAGUGACUAGGAAGCGAACUGGUUCAAUGAGAAUAAGACUGGAGGAGAUGCUAGAAAUUAAGAGAAAGGAUAAAAUAUUGAAGUGAUCUGGAAGUAGAAAAUUGAAUGAUGAAAAGUUCAGAAAGGUGAACAAGCACUAUUUAUAAUCUACCAAAGGUCACAGAAAAUACUGGUGACAUUAGAAGGUAUGUUUUGCUGAGUAUUUGAUACCGUAUUUCACUCAGACCUCAGGAUCAUUUUGAAAGAUUAAUAGCUCAAAAAUGAUAAGAAAUGAAAACGGACCAUUGGAUUAGCAGCAUAAAAUUUGUUAAUGUAACUGACAAGACUUUUUGUAUAAAUAAAGAGGAAAGAUGAUACCAAGCUGAAGUAACAGUCCAGAUGAAAAAACUAAAGCUAAAAUAUUCUCUUGGCCAAAGACUUCAGAUCAGGGUCUGGAAAAAUGAAUGAUUCAGAGGUUAAAAGCACUUAUUGCUCUUGCAGAGGACCCAAGUUUAAUACCCAGAACCUACAUGGUAGCUCAGAACCAUCUGCAACUCCAGUUCCAGAAGAUCUGAUGCUUUCUAUUGACUUCUGUGAGCUUUUGCACAUAUGUGCACAUAUAUACAUUCAGGCACACACAUAUGCAUAAAUUGUUUUAAAAAUUAAUUUAGGGCCAGUUGUGAUUUUAAAAUGAUUCCCAUAUAUUUGACAUACACCUUACACUCUGUCCUCUUGGACUUACUUUAUUAGGACAAAAGACAAAUACCAUAGAAUAAGAAUAAAUGUCAUAGGCAAAGUACAGAGAAGUUGUUGUAGUAUUUGAAGAUGAAAAUGUUACUUGCUCCUGGGGAGUCUUAGCAAAGGAAUGUAGGAGAAAGGGAACAUUGUAUCAGAGGGAUUCCAAACUCAAAACAAGGUUCCCAAACAAAAGGUUUUAUUUAUUUGUUGCAUAGACAUUGAUUGUUAUUUUAUUUGUAUUUAUCAGCAUAAAAUAUAGUUAUGUGCUCCAGUUCAUAUUACUUAAAGUGCUUCCUAAUAUAAUAAUAUCAUCUAAUUCAUUAAUGGUUUUAGUUGUCAAAUAGAGAGAAUGUUGAUGUUCUAGUCAUGUUAUUUAAACUUGAGUUAUAUUAUUCACAUUGUCACCUACAUAGAAAUUAUGCUUCUGUGUCUUGUGGCUUGAAAUUGCAUUGAGCAUUGAUAAUAAAGAAAGCAUCUGAGUAUCAGUAAA